ACAGCCGUUUAUCUUACGGAAGUAAAAUCUCGCAAUAUCCUGAGUCAUGUUGAUGACUUUUUGUCUUUAAAAUAGUAAAGGAUUCAGAUAGUCUAGUGGUGCAAUUGAUGACAAUGGAGGGGUCAGUAUCAAAUGUGGAAGUCUGCAAUCUGGCCUACAUAGGUCAGUUUGACCAACUGAAGAAAUUAAUUUUAACUGAUAAGUCACUCGCAUCUAAAACGGACCAAGAUCACAGAACAGCUCUACACUGGGCAUGUUCUGCUGGACACACCAAUGUAGUGGAAUUCCUGUUGGAUCUAGGAGCUGAAGUGGACCUGAAAGAUGAUGCCUCUUGGACUCCCCUCCACAUAGCAGCAUCUGCAGGCAGAGAAGACAUAGUCAAGUCUCUAAUAUCCAAAGGAGCCCAGUUGAACUCGGUAAACCAGAAUGGCUGCACUCCUCUGCAUUAUGCAGCCUCUAAAGACAGAUAUGAGAUAGCCCUUGUAUUGUUGGAAAACGGGGCUGACCCCAAUGCCACAAACAAGCUGGAGUCCACUCCCCUUCACAGAGCUUCAGCCCAGGGCAACUACCGCAUCAUCGAGCUGCUUCUCCAGCAGAGUGCCUCCACCAACAUCCAGGACUCAGAGGGCAACACAGCACUCCACCUGGCAUGUGAUGAAGAGCGCGUGGAGGCAGCCAAGCUGCUGGUGGAGCACGGAGCCAGCAUCUACAUCGAGAACAAGGAGGAGAAGACUCCUCUGCAGGUGGCCAAAGGAGGCCUGGGCACACUGCUGCGCAGGAUCGUUGAGGGAUGACCUGCAGGAGAGCUUCAGAGAUCUAAGUCUGGUCACGUCCAGGUUCUCUCUUCUCUCCUUAGCUUACCAUGUCUACUUCCUGUCGGCCCUCUACCCUUUCCCUCAUUUGCCUUUUAUUAGCAUAAGAUUUAGCUUGCAUGACGAUGGAAAGUCAAGUUGAGAUUUGGUUUCUCUUUACCAUGCAGGACUAUAGAUCAGUUCAAAUGAAGGAAAGAAGAUGAGAGUUAGCCUUGUGGGCUGAGUUGGACUCUUCGCUUGAAAGAGUAUUCCUGACAGGAGGAAUCUGAGGCUUUAAACUGUCAUCCACUUAAAACCGUGGUGAUGAGAAAUCUAUUUUGUACGAAGUUGGAAACUAUUCAAGUUUAGUCUCUGAAAAGCUAGUUUUAAAAUGUCUACUGCUUUGUGAUGUUAUUUAUGGCCUGAUUAAAUUAAUCACCAUAUGUACAUGUUGUGUGUGGUUGAAACAAUAGACUUCUCUUGAAAACUGCUUACCCGUCAUUGUUUUUUCAUUCCAAGUUGUGCGUUCUAAUCCUUUAAAAAUAUUUUAUAACUUUGCCCAAUAAAAGGCCUGUGCUUCUAAAGGAUUCACCACAACUAAUUUGUCAUUAUCUCAUGUUGUAUUUGCUCUGGCAGAUUGGUCUGGCCACCCUCAUAUUCAAACAGAUUUUCCUCCAACCAAAAUGGGCCAAGCACAACCAUUUAUCUGAUAUGGACUGUGUUAACUACAAUAACUGUACAUAGGAGUACUGUUGAGGCAUUUUCAUUAAAAAAAAACUAGUUGUCAUUCAUUGCUUUGAUUGCUUAUCCAAUUGUAUCUAUAGGUAUUUUGGUCUGUGCCUGUUGAUAGCACCCCUUGGAGAGAAAAAAACAUGAACUGAGAGGUUGCAGACGAACAUGUAUUUGUGAAUUGGUCUGGCAAUGCCAGGCUAUAGUACAUUGCCAUUUAAGACUAUUACAAAGGUCUGUUUAAAGAAGUUUUGUUCGAGGAAACGAUUGUAAAAAUUCAGUAAUUCAUCAAUUCUGAAGUAAUGCAAUUGCAUUCAUUAAAAGGCCAAUAUUGUUUC